AUGGCCCACUCAAGCAACGAGCCCAACACUCCUCCUCUCUCGCCAGCUACAUCCUGUAGCAGCUUCACCCCGGCGGCACACAGAUCUCGCUCCCGCCAGCCUCCACGUCUGAGCAUCGCCGUCAGAGCCACUCGAACGCCUCAGACCUCAGCCAGCAUGACACGCUGCCUCACCAACGGCCCUGGCAAUGGCACUGGCGUCGGCAGCUUCAGCUCGCCUGACCACGAAUACGAGGCCGACAACGAAGCUGAGGAGGCCGAAGUAGGCACCGACAUGGACACCGACAACGACGCCAACGCCAGCGAUGCAAGCAGCGAGGCCUCAUACAUCCCGCGGCGUGCUCUUCAAACCCGGCCUCUGCGCGCCCCAGCCGUCCCCAGCCAGGGAAACGACGCUCGAGGGAACUCCUCUGAGGAUGCGCAGGGAGAAACGGAGGUCGAUCUCGAGGAUGUCCUACUCGACAUCUGUGAGCGCCAGGGGCUGUACUGGAAUACCAGUGAGGCUGAGGGACGUCGCCGUUGA